UCUAGGAAUUAAGAUUACUGAAGCUGGGGCUUUCCUGUAUAUCAAUUCAAUUCACUUGCUUACGUGGGCACGCCUUUUUAACUUUUCACCCCUUUCACGAGGGGAAAGGAAGGUCGUUACUUCCCUCGUGCAUCGUUUUUCCUCCUUCCCUGUCAACGCCAUCACAAUCUGUGAGAGAAAUAUACAUGAAAAGAUCAGCAAGAGGAAGAGGAAGACGCAUAUGAUAAUUCAUUUCUUUUAUUAUUAUGGGUCUCUGUAUAUCGUCAAGUAAGAGGAAAGUUAGUGGGUCGAGCAGUCAGAGGGAGAAGGAGAAGGGCAAGUCACCCACCACCAUCACCACCACCAAGAAGAAGAGCAGUGGCCUUGUGGCAGCGGCGGCGCAUGGGAAGCGCUGGAAUUUUGGUUACGAUAGAGAUUUUGACAACAAUUAUUCGAUUGGUAAAUUGCUUGGCCACGGUCAGUUUGGCUACACUUUUGUCGCCACUCACAAACACACUGCCGAGAGAGUUGCAGUCAAACGUAUUGAAAAGAAAAAGAUUGUUCUGCCAAUUGCUUUCGAAGAUGUUAAGAGAGAGGUGAAGAUACUGCAAGCUCUGAAUGGGCAUGAAAAUGUGGUUCAGUUUUACAAUGCAUUUGAGGAUGAUGAUUUUGUCUACAUUGUAAUGGAGUUAUGCGAGGGAGGAGAACUCCUUGAUCGAAUUCUGGCAAAGAAGGAUAGCCGGUAUAGUGAAAAGGAUGCAGCUAAAAUAGUAAGACAGAUGCUAAAAGUUGCUGCUCGUUGUCAUUUACAUGGUGUUGUGCAUCGGGAUUUGAAACCUGAGAAUUUUCUUUUCAAGUCUAUAGAAAAAGAUUCACCUCUGAAGGCAACAGAUUUUGGACUGUCGGAUUUUAUUAAGCCAGGCAAGAAGUUCCAGGACAUAGUAGGUAGUGCAUAUUAUGUUGCACCAGAAGUUUUGAAACGCAAAUCUGGGCCUGAAUCUGAUGUCUGGAGCAUUGGUGUCAUAACGUACAUUUUACUAUGUGGAAGGCGCCCCUUUUGGGACAAGACAGAGGAUGGCAUAUUUAAAGAGGUUCUAAGGAAGAAACCCGAUUUCCGGGAAAAGCCAUGGGCAAGCAUUAGCUCAAGUGCAAAAGAUUUUGUCAAGAAAUUGUUAGUAAAGGAUCCCCGUGCUAGACUUACUGCAGCUCAAGCACUAUCACAUCCAUGGGCAAGAGAAGGUGGAGAUGCUUCAGAAAUCCCUCUGGAUAUAUCAGUGUUAUGGCACAUGCGUGAAUUCGUUAAAUACAGCCGCCUAAAGCAGUUUGCACUCAGGGCUUUAGCAUCUACACUUGGUCCAGAAGAGCUUGCUGACCUUCGAGAUCAGUUUGAUGCAAUUGACAUUGAUAAGAGUGGAUCAAUAACUUUAGAAGAGAUCAGACAGGCACUUGCAAAAGAUCAGCCUUGGACUUUGAAAGAGUCACGUGUCCUAGAGAUUCUUCAAGCGAUGGACAGCAACAGAGAUGGACUUGUAGAUUUUGAUGAAUUUGUGGCUGCUACAUUGCAUGUGCAUCAACUGGAGGAGCAUGAUUCUGAAAAAUGGCAGCAGCGUUCUAGAUCUGCUUUUGAAAAAUUUGAUUUUGACAGGGAUGGAUAUAUCACUCCUGAAGAGCUUAGAAUGCACACAGGAUUGAAAGGAUCCAUUGAGCCUCUUUUAGAUGAGGCAGAUAUCGACAAGGAUGGGAAAAUAAGUUUGUUUGAAUUCCAAAGACUUCUGAGGACUGCCAGUCUAGGGCCUCGGACAAAUGAAUACAAUGGAAAGGACCAUCAGCACUCUUCCAAAAUGUAGGAAAUUGUAGCUUUUUGGAAAUGUAUUCCUAAAAAACACUCCAUAAUUAUGUGCUUAAUCGUUCUCAGCCGAGUUAGUAAGCUGCUGUUCACGGUUGUGACUAAAUGUUACAAGCUAGGUAACACAAAUAUAUAGCGUGUUAACAAGCAUAGGCAGGCAUGUUAUAUGUCCAGUCCAUAUUUCACAGUUGGUAUGAAAUCAAUUAAUAUUGGUCACUUAUAAUUGUAAAUUUCUAUCAUGAAUUGGUGAGUAUGUUGUAAUUUUGGUACCUAAUAUAUGGACACCAGGUAAAUUAAUUAUAA